AUGGCGGACAAUCCUCGCCAGGAUCUGUACCUGGAGAUAUCUCGGAACCUUGUAGAUCAAGAACUUACAGAUCUCCGCAACUAUGUCAGCGGUGCGAAGAUUCUACCGGCGGGAUUUGUCCAACACGCCGACACGCACCAGAUCUGUAACCAACUGGAGAAAGAACAGAAGUUAAAGCUGGGAGAUCUCUCCCUUCUGACGGACCUGUUGAGAAAAAUCGGCAGACAUGACUACGCCAAGGAGGCAGAGCAGAUUGCAGAGGAUGAAAAAAAAGAAUUUCCAGUUCCAGUUGGAGCUGCAGGAUCAGAGUCUGCUUCAUUGACAGAUGUAUUCCAGAAGUCAGUGAAGAAGUACUAUGAGUUGCAACUGUCUCACUUCAAGCCUCUGAUCUGGAAUGACAACUUCACACUUACCCUCAGUGAUAUCUUCACCCAGCUGGAGUUGAUAGAAACUCAAGUGGGAAAACAAAGAAAAGAACUGAAGUCGUUAAACGACUUGUUCAACCCAGAUGUCACAGGACUGACCAAAGCACCCAGGUGUAUUCUGAUUGAGGGUGAAGCCGGAGGGGGGAAGACAACGUUUCUGUCCAAAGAAGCCCUAGAUGCCGUCUCACAGAAAACAGAGCUGGGCAGAAGACACAAUAUCGUCCUGUUUAUCCGACUACGGGAGGUGAGAAAGGGGGAGACCAUAGAGGAGAUGGUGUGGGACCAGUGUGUUGAUGAAACAACUGAAGGUGUUGAUGUACAAUCCAUCAGAGCAAUCCUACAGAAAAAGUCGUCCCAUGUGCUCUUCCUCCUAGAUGGGUAUGAUGAGCUGCGGCCUGAGGCCAGGGCAGCCAGGCAGGCCAUUCCCAAGCUGCUGUCUGGCAAGUUGUACCCCAGCAGCACGAUUGUGAUCACCUCCCGACCCUCAGCAGGAGUGCAGCAGUACACCCGGCCAGACUGUCAUGUGCACAUCAAGGGCUUCUCCCCUAAACAUGUGGCUGAACAUGUGAGAAAAUACUUCUUCAUCACAGAAAAUCCUGAGCUGGCAGAGGACUUCAUCAGGCAGUAUUUCACUGUCUUUGAUGAUGAUGAUGAAGAGGAUGAUGAUGAUGAUGAUGAAGAGGAUGACGACGAUGAUGAAGAGGAUGCAAGAUGUACUGUAGUUCUGAAAGAUAAUGAAUUCUUAAAUAAUCUGAUCCAGACCCCACUGUUCCUGCUAUUAGUCUGUCUGCUGUGGGAGGAAGAUCAAGAGAUGGUGUCUACUGGAACAAUGACAGGGCUGAACGACAACCUGCUGACAUGUCUGGUUAGAAAGCACUGUAAGCGAGAAGGAGUGGACAUGCCAACAGAAGGGCUGCCUACAGAGGUUGCUGAGUCAUUACUGCAGUUUGGCAAGCUUGCGCUAGAGGCACUGCUGAGGAAUGAGACCCUGCUUGACCUUACAGAUGUAGAGAGAGAAAAGGUAAAUUGGGAGUUGCUGUUAAAGCUGGGUGUGGUCUCCUUGGAGGUCUCUUCCUCAAAAUUGCAUCCUAGGAAACAGCUGAACUUUUCCCACAAGACAAUGCAAGAAUUCCUGGCUGGACGAUAUGUUGCUCAUGCUCUGGUGAACCAAGACAUUGUAGAGCUGCUGCAGCUCACCUCCAUAACCAAGGUGUUUGAACUCAGUAACCUGCUUCAGUUCACAUGUGGCUGUGACUCACGGGCAGCACAAGCUGUGAUGGAGGAACUGAACAAGAUCAGCAGCAGACAGUUCACACACUUGGGACCAGAACAUUUUGAAAGGUCACAUAUGCCAAAGGAUCGAGACAUGCAAAACUCCUGCAACACCUACAAAGGGUUUGCAGCAUUGUGCCUGAAUAUCCUCGGUGAGAGACAAGAACCAGAAGUGCUUCAGGGCUUCAGUCAAGCCCUGCCAAUUGUCAUGCUGGACAGCUCCAUUAACAGUAGAGAAGCCACAGCUCUGAAGUAUUACUUACAGAAUCUUCAUUCAGCAAACCUGCCAGACAGGCUUAUACUUAGGGUUCCUAAAGGCACUGACUGCAGAGACACAGUUCAGUACCUACAGCAGUGUUUUACAACUUCACUCCCUGGGCUUAGAUUGGACUUGAAACUAUCAGGACAGUUUGACUCACCUGAUGAGACAGCCAGGCUGGUUUCAGUUCUGAAGAAUGUUCCUGGUCUGAGGGCGCUGAAUCUGUCAUACACAGACCUAACACCAUCAUCACUCCAGCCACUUGUGCAGGGGUUCAGCCACAUGUCUCUGUUAGAGGAGUUGGAUCUUAGCUGGAACCCUUACCUUUGGGAUGCUGGGAUGGAAGUCCUGCAGGUUGGGCUGUCCAGUGUUCCACACCUGGCUGUACUCCGUCUUUGUGGAGUCAACAUGACAGCUGUGGGCAUGUCAUCCCUGGCUCCCUACAUGCAACACCUAGUGGGACUGAGAGAACUGGAUAUAACUGGUAAUCAGAUCGGUGACACUGCGCUGGAAUCUGUCACCACCAUCCUCCCCAUCUUCACAGCCAUACAGGUGUUGGUCCUGGUGGGGAUUGUCCUGAAUGUUUUUUGUGUCACUGUCACAUUGCAAGUACUAGUGUUUCUCAAUGCCCUCACCCACAUAUUUCAUGGCUGGAUUGUCCUCCACAUCUUCACGUUGGUCCGGCAGAGGUAUAGUUCCUCUAACACACUGUUCCCUGUACUGUGUCAGCUAACCAGGCUGAUCAAACUGAGCAUUAGUAGAAAGGACAUAGGAGACCCUGGGCUGGAAUGCCUGGCUACUAUCAACCACCACCUCACAGCCAUGAAGGUGUUGGAUCUCAGUUGGACAGGUAUCAGUGACAGGGGAAUAUCAGCCCUGAUCAAAGCUCUGCCUCACCUGGUGCAAUUACAGGUGUUGGGUGUGAGCUGGAAUAACAUAGGUGACUCAGGGAUUGUCUCACUGGUGCAAACACUCUGCCAGCCCAGCAGUUUGGACAUGGAACAAAACCCACCUGGUGACAAGAGUCUGACCACAGCCCCUCACUAUAACACCACACUACAGGUGCUGCAAAUAGGGAGUAAUUGGGGAGUAACAGGAGCCGGACUGAGGAGGGUCGCACAGCUCAUCAGCGCACUGCCGGCACUGACCAGGCUGGACAUGUCUGGUGAUCUGUUCUUUCCUUUACACCUGCCUGACACCAGUGCCAUGGCUCUGGCCGAGGCUCUACCCAGACUCCCUGCCCUGGAGUGGCUGGACCUGCAGCACAUCUCCAUGGAGCCUGCAGGGUUCCAGGCUGUGGUGCAGGCUGCUGAGGAACACCCAACACUGGAGGAGCUGCGCUACACUAAGCGUCUAGUUCCUAAGGGAGCGGACACCACAGCCAGCUGCCUGGUGCUGUACCCCUGA